AUGCUUUUUGUACGCAACUGGUCGUUGAUCCGACAGCUGUAUAUCUGGGGGCUCGACUUGACAUCAAGGGUUAUCUAUGGCGAGCGUGCAGCCGGUUGGCGUUGGCAGCAGCAUCAGCAGGAGCUAGAAACUGAUCCUAGCCGAUGCGUCUCCGAAUUCGCUUCAGACAGGGGCCCUGCUGCUGCUGCCGCUGAGAGUGGUACAGCUUCUAACUACCAGAACGCUGGCCAAUCAGACACAAGUUCGGUAUCUUUGCACCGUGAAAGCGGCCCACAGGGUGACCUCCAGCGGAGACUCUCGCGGCUGCACUCCGAGCUCGAGCUCGGCGGACUAGGCGAGUGGGAAUCCUACGACGCUAUCCGAGGUCUGUUCGAUGUAAUCGGCGACGAGGCCUGCCUCACCGAUCGGACUGAGGAGUACACAAACACGCGCAUACGCACCCACGCUGCCGGUGCUCGACAACAACGUGCUGUUCUGCCGCUUAUUGCCGUGGUGCCGCCGCUCGCCGAGGCCGUCGGUGCCAUGGCUGGUGACUCGCUGACAAAGUGCUUCGAGUCCAGUGCACCCAGAGUAUGGAACCUCAUGACACGUACACGUUCAACUCCAGUUCCUAUCAUUCUUUGGCCGAUCUGGUUGUUUAGUAUCUUCAUUCGCUAUGGGAUCCUAUUUCCUCUGCGACUGGGCAUCCUCAUCGUUGGCGUGUCCAUUUUUUCAACUGGAUUCACGCUCGUGCACUUGCUGUUGCGAAGGCGGACGCGGUUCAAGGUCUACCUCCAGAAGCAGCUGAUUCGCUUCCUCGCUUCGACGCUGGUCGCCUCAUGGAGCGGGCUCGUACGUUACCAUGGUGAGCGUCCUCGUCGCCGACCUAACCAGAUCUACGUCGCAAAUCACACGUCUCUGAUUGAUUUGGCGAUCAUGAUCAAGGAUUAUCCGUUCUCUACAAUCGGACAACGUCAUGGGGGACUCGCCGGUCGCAUCCAAGAUCUCAUGAGCCUCGUACAGAAUCACAUUUGGUUCGAUCGCGAGGAAGGCCAUGAUCGUCGUAUUGUACAGCGCUUACUUCAAGAACACGUUCAAAAUGGUGAGCAUGAACCAGUGCUGGUCUUUCCUGAGGGCACCUGUGUCAACAACGAGUACUGCAUCAUGUUUAAGAAGGGUAGUUUCGAGCUUGGUGCACUUGUGUACCCAGUUGCGAUCAAGUACAACAAAGCAUACGCUGAUGUAUUCUGGAACAGCGCCAGGCAGGUGUUCCUUACGCAUCUCUUCGCGCUCAUGACGUCCUGGGCAGUUGUCUGCGAUGUAUAUUAUCUGGAGCCGCAGCAGCGGCGUCCCGAAGAAACCCCAGCAGCUUUUGCUGCACGCGUCAAGCACCUAAUCGCUCGACGCAUUGGACUCAUUGAGACCAACUGGGAUGGCUUUUUGAAACGACACCAAGUGAGCCCCAAGUUUCGAGAGCACCGCCAAGAAAUGCUGGCAUUCCUUGUUCGCAAACAACUAGAACGCAUUUCGACCCGGAAGCUACCGAGCAUCGCAGAAGAGGUUCUAUGCAAAGCGGACAUAGAGGUGACACAGCGUCAUCCGCUGGAUUCGGUCCCCAGCUGGAUCGAUCGGUCAACGCAUAUACCGGGUGUACCGGCUUGUCAGGCGCUCCGUGGCCUGCAGCGGAGGCGUUCCGUGCAGAAACUUUGGCUUUCGCUGCCAGCGAGCGCUUCGGGGCGCGGCGAGAAGCACGCACAGCGUUCAACCAUGUGGAGUGCGGUCCUAGAGCGCUGCCAAGGCCUCGUCGUCCGUCUCGUGGCACUCGGGUUAUUGGUGCUGCUCGUUGGAUGUAUCAGCUUCGUUCUUAGCUGGCUGAACAAACGUGUAGAUUAUAUUGCAUAUGUGCUGCGUUUUUGGUUGCAUCUUUGGAGCCUUGUGGUUGAGACACUUGACAUUGCACGCCACAGCGUCCAGUGGGAAAUCACCGAGGCCCGAAAGGUACUCCGUAGUGUUGGGCAGGCGUGCCGGCGCAUUUGGCGCUAG